CUCAGCAGUACUGCAGAGAGAAUCACACUGACCUGGUCACAGUGACUAACAUGAAGGACAUGGAGAGACUCAACAUCUCAGCUGGAGGUCAGAGUGGAGCUUGGAUUGGUCUGAUCAGUAAACCAGAAUUUACCAGAACAUGGUACUGGUCUCUGACUGGAGUGGAGUUCAAUGAAAGUGAGACAAACUGGAACUCAGGAGAACCAAGUGAUACAGAAAGUCAAGGAUCUGAGAACUGUGUGUAUGUGUAUAACAGUCUGAAAUGGGUGGAUACUGGUUGCAAUCUUAAAAGAUUCUUCCUCUGCUAUGAUGAAAGUAAUUCACAGAAGUAUCACCUGAGUGAAGAGAUGAAGACCUGGCAGGAAGCUCAGAGUUUCUGCAGAGAGAAACACACAGACCUGAUCAGUGGAACGAAGCAACUAGAGGAUGAAGAAGUGAAGAAAUUGAUGAAGUCUUCAGAUCAGAUAACAUACUUUGGUUUAUUCAGAGACAAUUGGAGGUGGUCAGAUGGAAGCAGUUUCUCUUUCAGACACUGGAAUAAUGAAUUAAACAAUCCAGAAUCUGUCAGAGAUCUUUGUGCCAAGAUUGAUGAUGGAGGCAGAUGGAAGAAUGAGAACUGUGAUGAAAGAAAACCCUUCAUCUGUUAUGAUGAUAAAGUGAUCCUGAUCAAAGAGAAUAAAACCUGGGAGGAAGCCUUGUACUACUGCAGAGAUCAUCACCAUGACCUGGUCACCAUCACCAACAUGGAGGAUCAGAGAUGGAUCCAGGAGAAAGUCAAGAACGCAUCGACUGAUUAUGUCUGGACGGGUCUGCGCUACACCUGCACUCUGGAUUUGUGGUUCUGGGUCAGUGAUGAGGUGGUCAGCUAUAAGAACUGGGCCGAAGGUGAACCGAUGGACGACUGUGACAUGUCUGGAGCCAUGGAGACGAGAGGAGGACAUCAGUGGAGGAAGAAAAAUGAUCUUGAGGAAUUUAAUUUCAUCUGUUCCCAGAAUUAA